AUGGCGCAACCACAGCUGCCAACACCACCACCUACACCACUGCCUGCAGCUUAUGGUUUCGAGCCAGUGUAUGAACGCUUCAGGAAACAAGCCCCACCAACUUUUGAAGGGAAAGCUAAUCCAAUGGUUGCAGAAAAUUGGUUAAGAUCGGUUGAGGCUAUUUUCGAUCAUAUGGAGUUAAAUGAUCGCCAAAGAGUUUCCUGUGCAGUUUACUUACUUAAGAUGGAUGCACAGAUUUGGUGGGAUGUAAUUAAACAGACCCGCGAUCUGAAUACCAUGACUUGGGCAGAGUUCGUCCAAGCUUUCAGUAAGAAGUAUUACAGUCCAGCUGUGCUAGCAACUAAGGUUGACGAAUUUGUAACUCUGGUACAAGGGAACCUUUCUGUCACUAAUUAUGCACAGAAUUUCGAUCGAUUGGCUAAAUUUGCUCCUGAAGUGGUGCCAACUGAAACAUUGCGAGUCCAAAAGUUUUUAAGGGGACUCAAACCGAUGAUCGUGAGUGACGUUAGGAUGACCAGUCCUGAAGUGGUCAGUUAUGCAGAAGUACUGGAUAGAGCUCUUGAAGCCAAAUAUUUGGAAGAACGGAUAUGGAAGGAUAAUGCCGCUAGAUUAGAGAACAACUGA